AUGGACCAGCCAUUAUCGCUUCAGCAAUCCGGUGACCUACGUCUCUCGGGCUUUGAGGAUAAACAGCAUAGUACCUUGCCAUUAGGCCAAAACCGAUCUUUCGUACCACACUCAGCGACCGACAUUACCUCACUGCUGCCAAUCUCCUCUUGUCCCCAGACCGAAUCAUCUACUUCACAAAGAACUCAAAUGCAUGGGCAAUUGCCUAUGUCUGGCGACGUAUUCCUCGAGAAUCGUUCUUGCGAAAAUCAGAAGAAACAAACAAGUCCCUCUCAAUCCAAAAUACAGAAACCGCAAAAACGCCUGCGCUAUGAGCCAAAGCCGGCCCCAUCGUCAGCCAAAAAACGCGGAGAACCACGAGAUGCUGAAGCCCCAUUAAGUGGAGUUCCAGAAGAUCGCCGUCGCAUGCAGAUUCGCCUAGCGCAAAGGGCAUUUCGCUCUCGCCAGCGGGAGGCCAUUACAGGCCUCAAUAACCGUAUUUCCCAGCUGGAGACCAUCUUGGAUCAAAUGAGCCUUACUGUUCUGUCAUUUAGCGGCCAGCUGGUUCAAUCUGGGGUACUGGCGUCAUACUCUGACUUGACCGCACAUCUACAUGAAACGAUAAAGACCUUUCAUUCUUUGGCAUCCGAAGCAAACCCCGACCGCGAGACACAUGUUUCCGACGUCACCUCACACAGUGAAGACUUGCCCCAAUCUUCAUUUCCCGGGCCAAUAACGAUCCCGUCAUCCAACAUACCCCCGCUUUUGUCCCUGGAUCGCAGCGGAUCUGAUCAUUUCACCAGUGACAGCUUCCCACGUACCCUCGAAUCACCAGGUAUUUCAGUCAUAGAAUUGCCUGAAUUCAUUGAAAGACUGAAUUUGGCAUGUCUCUACCAGGGAAAAUUGGCUUUAUGCGAUCAGUCCAUCGGUUUAUAUCGUCUUCAAAAGCCAUUCGGGUUCCUUUUCAGUAUGAUGAAUCGGGAGCGCCUCACAGCUUACUUCAAAGCGAGAUUAGAUGCCCAAGUAAGCAAGAAGCCGUUAGAUGGGUGGGAGGAAAUCCCCUUCUUCGGCUUGGGUAGUGCAGGAACACACUAUCCCCGACUCUCAUUGCAGAGCCCGAGGGUAGGCCACUCUUUCCGCGGUUAUCAUGAAUGGGAUAUGGUUAAGGAUCCCUUGUCGCUUGUUUCACCAGAUAUUCAAGAGCAGCUACAAGGGGAUUGGUUUGACUUGCAAGACCUGGAGGGAUUCCUCCGGGAGAAAGACGUGAAUCUGAUUUUGUGUUCUGAUGAGCCAAAUCAGGGCUCACCAACGAAGACCACUAUCAACAUCGCGCGACUGAUGCCAGCACUAAUAAGCCGGGGAGUCUGCUUAGGUCGCACGCCUGGAUUUCAACGCGACGAUGUGGAGAAGGCCUUGCAGCAUGCAAAAAUAUCAUGA